AUGUCUUCGCGCGACAGCAAGCCAUCACCCCUCGUCGCAUUCCCAAGCGUCUCCUCCUCGCUUUCGUCAUUACACCAAGCGACGAGCAUGCAGGGCGUCGCGCUGCAUCACAAUAUGUAUGCCAAUCGCGCCAAGGAGAGCGAGGCCAAGUUGAAGAAGGCGCUGUCCAAUGCAUCACAAAAUAUCCCUGCGGGAUCACCGUACUCGACUCCAACAGCGUCAACAGGCUCAGACUCGUCCACGGUCAUGAUGCGGAAACCGACUCGGGCCCAUGUAGGGACUUUACAUCAUCUGCCGCCGCCUCUUCUCAUCCGCCUCCUACUCUUCUCAACUGCCUCCUACUUCUCAUCUGCCGCCUACCCUCUCAUCCUGCAUCUUCUCCUUACCUUCCUAUCUCCUGGGCACCCGCGUACUUCUCCAUCCGACAUUGUGUUUUUGGUAUUCCCCUGGGCCAUCGUUUAUAAUACCACCCGCUAUCCUUAG